AUGGCGAUGCUUCAUCCACUCACAAACCCCAACGAGCUUCUCUCACGCUCUUACUCUUCUAUAUUCCACCACAAUGCACUCACAACCUCUGGUUCUCUCAACCCCAGAACCACCAGAAUUGCCCAUCAACGCUUAAGUCGUCGAUUCGGCUCGGUGAGAUGCUCCUACGCGUAUGUAGAUAACGCUAAGAUUAAGGUUGUCGGCAUCGGUGGCGGCGGCAACAAUGCCGUUAACCGCAUGAUAGGUAGUGGUUUGCAGGGUGUAGAUUUCUAUGCGAUAAAUACUGAUGCUCAGGCACUGUUAAAUUCUGCUGCUGAAAACCCUAUUAAAAUUGGAGAAGUUCUGACACGUGGGUUAGGUACGGGUGGGAAUCCACUUUUGGGGGAACAAGCUGCGGAGGAAUCCAGAGAAUCUAUUGCUGAUGCUCUCAAAGGAUCGGAUUUGGUGUUUAUAACAGCAGGGAUGGGUGGGGGCACGGGGUCUGGUGCCGCCCCAGUUGUAGCCCAAAUAUCAAAAGAGGCAGGUUACUUGACUGUAGGAGUUGUUACCUAUCCCUUCAGUUUUGAAGGACGGAAGAGAUCCUUGCAGGCCUUUGAAGCCAUUGAGAGGCUGCAGAAAAAUGUUGACACGCUUAUAGUGAUUCCGAAUGACCGGUUGCUUGACAUAGCUGAUGAGCAGAUGCCUCUUCAGGAUGCUUUCCGUCUUGCAGAUGAUGUUCUACGGCAAGGAGUACAAGGAAUAUCAGACAUUAUAACAGUACCUGGACUUGUCAAUGUGGAUUUUGCUGAUGUAAAAGCUGUGAUGAAAGACUCUGGGACUGCAAUGCUUGGAGUAGGUGUUUCCUCUGGUAAGAACCGAGCAGAAGAAGCGGCAGAACAGGCUACUUUGGCUCCUUUAAUUGGAUCAUCUAUCCAGUCAGCUACCGGGGUUGUGUAUAAUAUUACUGGAGGAAAGGACAUAACCCUGCAGGAAGUGAAUAGGGUUUCUCAGGUGGUAACUAGUUUGGCUGAUCCUUCUGCUAAUAUUAUAUUUGGGGCUGUUGUUGAUGAUCGCUACACUGGGGAAAUUCACGUAACUAUCAUAGCAACUGGCUUCUCGCAGUCUUUUCAGAAGAAGUUGUUAACCGACCCAAGGGCUGCAAAGUUGCUGGAUAAAAUGGCUGAGGGGCAACAAAGCAAGGCAGUGCCUCCUUCUCUCAAGUCCCCAAACUCGGUUGAAUCUAAGCCAUCCCUGCGAAAGCUCUUCUUUUAG